CAAUAUUAAUAAUAUAAAUAAAUGGCAAAUAAACAUUCUAAUAAUGACAUCAAAUUUAACAUUCUUCUUGCUGAUAAUUCUAAAUCACAAGAUCUACAUAGCUCAUCAUUUUCAACAUAAAAAUUAUAGAAUAGCUCACAAAAUGGUGGAGGUAUAUAUAAUUUAAUAAAAAAUAGCAAAAAACAUAGUACCAACGGCAACAUAUUUAUAGUAAAUAGAUGAAAAGUACACAUAAAUGUACAUGAUUAAAUAAAUUGAUAAAGCCAAAAAAGGCACAUCACAUAAUCAUAAUCAGAAACCUAGUCAUGUAGAUCAUACACAAGUAAAUAAUUGUAUGGAUGUACCUAAUAAAUUUCGAUAGUAAAAACAAAGUGAAAUAUUGGGAAAUAAUUCCUAUAUACCAUAAAUAUAGCCGAUUGUAAAAAGUGAAUUAUUGCAACCUUAAAAUCCUUAAGUAAAUAAUAACAUAUAUAUUAUCAAGGCUCUAAUUUUGAAUAUUCCUGGAGAUAUUUCUUUAUCAAGAGGAGUUAGCGAAAGAGGACUAAAAUGAAAUAAAUAUAUUGAUAAACACUUAAUCUAAUAUCAAUUGAGAAAUCAAAAU